AUGAAUUCUAAAAACAAUCCAACUUUUGCUCAUCUAUCUGUGAUCAUUCAUUUAUUUGGUACUGUACGAUUCGUUUUUGAAAUGUCAGAAGCUGAACGUACAAAAUUUUGCGGUGUAUCAUUUGAUAAACCAUUAACACCACAAGUUGAAGAUCAACAAACACAACAACCUCGUUCUGCCAUGUUCACAUUAUGGAAUUUAGUUGCUGAUUUGAUUGAAACGCAAGAUCAGAUGCAAAAUCAACAGCAACAAAUUACGGGUUUCUAUGGUAAAACUAGUACAACCUUUCCUAGAUUAGCAUGCUUAAUGCAACUGUAUAUUAAUGCUAUGGCAAUACUUGAACGUGUUAAAGAUUUUGUUGUGUUUGCUGAAGGUGAUAAUCAGGAUUUGAUCAUCAAUGAGGAUUUCGUGAGGAAUGUAGAUAUGAUAAUAAAAAAAGAUUAUCAUAAAUAUGACAAAACAUAUUUACCACGUACAGAAGUUAAUCAAGAAAUAGUAGAUCCGAUGAUAUUUGUUCAAAAAGAAGCUAUAGUAGCAGCAUGGAGUUGGUAUGAGCAUCACUUAAAUAUAACUACAAAAUUAUUUACAAUUGAUCAUCAUUUUCCAAGUAAAUCAAUGAUUGCACCACCAUCGAUUUCACCUAAACAGAAAACAUUAAAACAAUUAAUUAUGUAUUUGGAUUUCAAUAUUUUUCCAUUAUCAGCAAUAAGUUGUAAACAUCCUGUUACAGAAAAAACGUAUGUACAUUAG